AUGGCUCCUGGUGUAUUCUUGUUUGAUCCUGCUGGACAAGAAGGCCUGAGUGGCGAUAACUCAGGCGAUGGAAUUGGUCCGCCAUCGUGGAAGUUUAGGAUCGACGUCGACUUGCUUGAUGGUAGAGAGCUAUACAUGAAACAUUCAACAGUUAUUUUCAAGCUAUAUCAGAAACUUUAA